CCCUUUUAUAUCGGAGCUCUUUGUCCCCUGCUACUUCAAAACACUCUCAGUUAUAGCUUCACUCUCUCCCAUUAUGGGAGAUACGACGCCGUUUUCGCUUCCUCCCGGUACCCGAUUUUACCCUUCCGAUCAACAACUAAUUAGCUACUAUUUAUCUUCAAAGAACGGCGCCGAUCACCGGAAUGGCGCUGGAUUUGACCUAAUUCGAGAAAUUGAUCUCUACAAUUUUGAUCCAUUUAACUUGCCGGAUUCCGCCUGUUUCCGGUACGGUCGUGGUGAACGGAAAAGGCACUGGUUUUGUUUUGUGGCUAGGGUUUUGAAGGGAGGGAGGAGGAGAGCUGGUGGUGGUUAUUGGAAGAAGAGGGGUAAAGUUAGGGAUGUGGUGGAUGCGGGUGCAGGGAAAGUUGUGGUGGGUACGCGUAAAAGUUUUGAUUUUUAUUUGGAGGAUUGUACUAAGACUGAUUGGUUGAUGCAUGAGUACGCCUUAACUGGUCAUCCUUUGGCAUCUUUUGUUCUAUGCCGAGUAUUCAUCAAAUCUCAUCAUGGAAAUAACUUGUCAGGUCAUAUAUUUAGUUCCAAUGGUGAAGAAAUUGAUGCGACAGUACGCCAUAUAGGUAUUCAAUUUGAUGGAUCAGCUGCAUCGGUUACUGGCUCUAAAAUGCAUGAUGAAAACACUAUUGACCAGGAGAAUGAUGUCUCAAAGUUACCUAGUGGAUUAGUUACCGACUUAAAUGGUCAAGUUGUUGCAGAAAAUGUUGCUAAGCAGAUUUGUCUUGAGAGCGACGGAUCUCCAGUUCUCAAUGAUUUUUCUGCUCAGGAACUGAUUGCCAUUUUAGAAGGAGAUUUUAUUGAGUUGGAUGACCUUCUAUGCCCGCUUCCGGGCAUUAACUAAAGGAAACAACAACAAUCCCAAAAGUCCAACAGCAAUCCCAAGCAAGUACCAUCCGUAACAAUCUCAAGCAAGUACCAUCGAUAAGAAUCACAAGCAAGUACAAUCAACAAGAAUCUCAAGCAAGUAAUAAUCAACAAGAAUCUCAAGCAAGUAAUAAUCAAUAACAAUCCCAAGCAAGUUAUGUUUGGAAAUUAGUAGCAUGAAGUUCACGCCGGAUUAUAUCAGUGAAGGCGACAAAAAUAGUAUUCAUGUCACUUUUCAGAACAUUAGAAAGUUACGUCUUAAAGACAUCAUAAAAAGAGUGAAGUUAUCAAAUUGUGAGAUCAAAUCCUACAUCGGCAAUCAUUGUUGAAAAUCAGCUUAAGAGAAUUAGAUCAGGUGACUAAUUGCUUAGAUUAUGCUGUUGUCUGGAUGAAUAUCUUGACAGUUAUCAAAUUAUAAGGUCAUUGUAUAGUUGUAUACAAUGUCAUGAUAUCUGAAAAUCAUCUCAAGAGAGUUGAUGGGGUGAGCAAUGAGGCUCACAUUUUACAGUCAUACAAUUUGCUGUAUAUGAGCGAAGAGUUAAGUCACCUAAUACACUGUCAUGAUUGAUGGAUAUCAGCUCAAUAGUAUUAGACUCUGUGAAUAAUGCCUUGCAUUAUAGCUUUGCCUGGAUGGUUGUCUUAACAGUUACCAAAUUUCGAGGUCACUUUAUACAGUUUCAUGAUUGUUGAAGAUCAGCUCACGAUAAUAGAUGGAGUGAGUAACGUGAACAUAUUUUACUGUUAACAUUUACCUGGAUGGAUAACUUGUAUAGUGGCUUAAAGAGUUAAGCCACUUUAUACAGUGUCAUGAUCCUAAAAAUCAGCCAAGAGAACUAAACUGGGUGAGCACUGAGCAAUGGCUAGCAUUAUAUGGUUAUGGAUUGAUAUCUCAACAGUAACCAAAUUAUGAGGUCAUUUUUUACCGUGUCAUGCUUGCUCAAAGUCAGCUCUGGAUAAUAGAUCAGGUUAGUAAGGUCCAUAGUUUACAGUUAUACAAUGACAUGGAUGGAUAUACUGUAUAUGGGUGAGAGUUGAAUCACUUAAUACAGUGUCAUGAUUGCUGAAAUUCAGCUCAAGAGAAUUAGACUGGGCAAGUCCUGGAUGGAUAUCCUAGCAGUUAUCAAGCUAUGAGGUCACUUCAUACAGUUUCAUGAUUGCUCAAAAUCAGCUCAAGGUAAAAGAUCGGGUGAGUGAAGUUCGGAUUACACUUAUACAAUUGGGUGGAUGUCUUGUUAUAUGGGUUGGAGUUGAACCACUUAAAGAAAUGUGAAGAGUUCACACGAAACCCACAACAGCUAUAGCAAUAACAUUGGAUAUCUUAUACAUGGUGAAAGAGUAAACGACAAAAGCAACUACAGCUAUAGCAAUAACAUUGGAUAUCUUGUACAUGGUGAAAGAGUAAACGACAAAACAACAACAGCUAUAGCAAUAACAUGGAUGGAUACUUUUUUUUGAUAACAAAGGAAACCCGCAACUGCCACCCUUUGGGUGCGCACAAGCUAACAUGGAUGGAUAUCUUGUAUUCAAUGAAAAGUUAACCGCAGCAAACAACAGCAAGAAGUAUGUCAUAAUACCAGGCAAGUUGGAUUGUGAAGAGUUGACAAGUUGCUCGAAAGACCACAGGAUGUGACAAUGUCAGUUAUGAGGGUGACAAAUAUGUCAGGACACCAUUGAUGGUGGGAUAGCAGGUGUCCGUGGAAUAGUUGAGGUGUGCACACGCUAUAGCAUGAACGCCAUCAUUGGGAAAAAUGUCAGGACACCAAUUCUCUUGCUUUCAAGGCCGACAAUUUUGGCUUCUUGAUAGACAAUAACCUCGGUGAUAUAGUGAAGAGUAGAUGGAUGGCAGCUUAGUUAACGUUAUUGGUACGUUUUGGUGAACUUUGAGGUGUAAGAUAAAAUCUCUAUUCCACCUUCUUAUGCUUCACAAGUCUUUCAUUUCUAGCAGUUGUGCUUAGUAGUAGCUUGUGAAGAAUGUAAAACUUCUAGGUCGGGUUCCAGAUAAGUCUGUUUUAGCAAAUCCUAGUACAAGACAGUAGCAUUAUGAAAAUCUGAUGAUUCUCUUUUACAUCAAGUACUUUGGUAUAUGUACUAUAUGUUCUUUAGGGUCUUUACAUAUGCACUAACGGUAGUUCAUGAAGCUUGAAACUGUUGUUGUACUAUAUUAACACUAUGAAUGCAGAAGAACUAGUGGUAGUACUUUGGAUGGUUUUUUCCUGUUCUCAAUAACAUAAAAUGAUUGGAAGGGAAACACUCGUGAAAUUCUACAGUUAAGAUGCUUGGUCAUACUCAUCUUUGCCCUUGAGUAUCCAAUUUUGUUGCAACAUUCAAAGAUAGAGGUGGGCAUCGUGAAUCUUCGUUUUCUGUAAGAAGAAUGUCUCCCUCAAAGCUUCAGCCAGACUUUUGGGUAGUUGGUAAGAUGCUAUGGUUUUUUCCCUUGCAAAGAUAUGAAGAAAAUGACUGUCAACGGUCUUCAUCCCCUUGGGGAAGCCGGACAGAAAAAGAUAUAAACCUUUUCAGUAAAUUGUUUAUCAUCA